CACAGAUAAGACGUUUUGUGUACAGAGGAAGAAAGCACACGGUUCGGUUUCGUAGUUUUGUUUGUUGUAAAAAUACAUUUCAUUUAAACAUUUAUUUGUUGAAUGCAAUAUAAAACUAGAUGUAAUGAAAUCUAAACCAUACAUCAAUUAAAUCUAAUACAAAUAGCUGCACUUAAAACCGUUAACGCGAUUUGUAUCUCGUUUAGUAAGUUACAGGCGCCUUAAUUAAAUAAAGUGCAAAAUAUAUUUUAUUGAAUGUUGUCAAUAUUUAUGAACGUGAGAUUUUAAUCAUCACAUUUUUAUUAAUCAUCAUACAAUAGAUAUAGUUGUAGAUUUAUUGUAUCUUUAAAUACGAUUGACAGCAGCCAAUAAAAAUGAACAACACGGGAGUGGAUGAAGAAAAGUCAACAUACUUGGGCUUCGAUUUAAGUACCCAAAAGCUAAAAGCAGUCCAAUUAAAUAAUGAGCUUAAAGUUAUAGCUACUGCCGAAGUACAAUUUGACACAGAUCUACCGGAGUUUCGUACAACGGGAGGUGUUAAUGCGGGGCCCAAAAAGAAUGAAUAUUUUGUUCAACCUGUUAUGUGGGUGAAAGCCUUGGACAUUGUAAUGGAUCGUUUGGUUAUGGAAGGCGCUGAUUUAAGUACAGUAGUAGCUCUUGGAGGCUCCGCACAACAACAUGGGUCUUUAUACUGGUCACGUCAUGGUGUACAGACGUUGCAGAAUCUCGAUCCAGAUAAAUUUCUGCAUUUACAGGUGGACGAUUCAGCAUUCGUACUGACCCGUACGCCGAUAUGGAUGGAUGGAUCGGCGGAGAAUCAGUGCCUUGAAAUGGAAAUGGCCAUAGGCGGACGUACCGAAAUGGUCAGUAUAACGGGCAGUAAAUGCUAUCCACGUUUUACGGGACCUCAGAUACGAAAAGUCUACCAACAACGAACACAUGCGUACGAAGACUCGAAACGUAUUUCGUUGGUAAGCAGUUUUUUGGCAUCCAUAUUUUUGGGUGAUGUGGCACCUAUUGAUUACGCAGAUGCAUCGGGAAUGAAUUUAUUCGAUAUUACUACGAAGACAUGGUCAAAAGCCUGCCUGAAUGCGUGUGCCCCCGACUUGGAAGAACGUUUAGGUACGCCCGUGAAAACAAGUUCUAUUAUAGGAAAUAUAUGUGAUUUUUUUGUUCAACGCUUUGGCAUGCCGGAAACGUGUAAAGUGGCCGCAUUUACCGGCGACAAUCCAUCGGCUUUGUCUGGUAUGUUGGUGGAAAAGGAUUGUCUAAUAAUGUCGUUGGGCACCAGCGACACUUUAAUGAUGAAUUUGGAAAAACCUCCUGUAUUGGAGGAGGGCCAUGUUUUGUGCCAUCCCACCGAUGAUGAUCAAUUCAUGGGUCUUUUAUGCUUUCGUAAUGGUUCCUUAGUACGAGACUCUGUUAAACGUUCAGACGCUCAAAAUAGCUGGCAAAUAUUUAGUCAACUCUUGGAUUCUACACCGCGUGGCAAUUACGGCAAUAUGGCUAUACAUUUUCAUACAAUGGAAAUCAUACCUUCUGCCAAAGGCAUAUUGCGUUGGAAUAAGAGCCAUACAUCUGCAUCAUCAGAUGCUGCGAAAGGAAUUAACAAAUUUACUUCGCCCGAAGCUGAAAUAAGAGCAUUGAUCGAAGGGCAAAUGUUACAUCACAGAGCUGUUGCCGCCGACAUGGGCUUUCAUUUCGGGGAAGAGACUAAGAUCAUUGCCACUGGGGGAGCAUCUGUUAAUAAAUCCAUAUUGCAAGUAAUUGCUGAUGUUUUUAAUGCUCCAGUUUAUAUACAGAAAGCCAGCGAAGCCGCAUUACAGGGAGCAGCGUAUCGGGCAAAGUAUGCAAAAUAUUUAGAUGACUUGAAGCAGAAUAUUUGUAAUAAGAGUAAAACAAAUGAAGAUGCCGGAGAUGAAGUAGAGGAAAUAAAGAACAAGAAUAAUGUUGAUAUAUUAAGUUAUUAUGAUUUUAUAAUAACCUAUCUUCCGAAUCACGUUGAACGUGUGUGUGAACCAAGUAAAGACAGCGACGAAAUAUAUACUCCCAUGUUGGAUCGGUACCGCCAAAUGGCCAAUAUACUACAAUUAGCCAAAUGAUAUUAAUACUGUCGCGAAGAAAAUUUAUACCAUUUACAAUAUCCAAGAGAAAUAAAUUACAAAAGAGACUUGAUUAGAAUCUAUUUAGCAAAAAACACACAUUCCUUAAAGUUAUUGUGUCUUUUUUUAAUUUUUUUUUUGUUAAUUUGCUUUACGCAUACUUAUAAUGAUGAUUAUAAUACGUUUGUUUAUUUUUGAUUUUAUUGAUAAAAGUGCAAUUGAAUAUUUUUUAAAUAAAACUAUUAAAUAACCACU